AUUCACGGUUAUGUAAUGAUUCUUGCUCCGUGUUCGGAAUGUGAAAAUGGGAUUUGUCUUUUGAGCUGGUUUCUGUUAUUCAUCAAUUAUGAUAUCCUUGAAGGUCUUGAAGCUGAAACAGAGAUGCCUGUUGUGUAUGACAAUUGGGGGAGGCUGGUGCAAGCUGUGCUGCGACGAGAGCAGUAUUGGGAAAUGGCUCAUGCCGAUUCAAGAAGCACCAGCUCAGCGAGUUCCAUAUCCUUCGAUUUUGACGAACUAUCAUUGAGUUUGCCAAGAGAAGAAACAAAUAUUGAAAAUGAAGGAAGGAGUUCAAGAUCUGAUUACAGCUCCUCUCAAUUGCUUAACGAUCCUGUCAAAGGCAUUGAAAAUGACCUGCGCAGUAAAGGAGUUAAUGGAAAUGGCUCAAAAUCUCAAAAUUCAUUGAUUUCUAGUGAUGCUAGCCAAAAUGAGCUUGAAUGGAUUGAACAAUACGAAAAAGGUGUGUAUUUAACAGUUGUAGUCUUUCAAGAUGGAAGUAGAGAUAUCAAACGAGCACGAUUCAGCAAGAGGAGAUUCACGGAGAACCAAGCAGAGACUUGGUGGUCAGAAAACCGAGAAAUGGUUUACAAGAAAUACAAUAUUCGUGGAAUAUAUGGGUUUUCAGCCUCAAAUAGGGCUGCAAUGAGGAGCGAGGGAAUUGUGCUCCAAGGCACUAAUGGCUCAAAAUCUGGAGAUUCAGUAAGUUCCCACACAGGUGAUGCAAAUCAAACUGAGGAUGCCUGGACUGAACAAUAUGAACCUGGGGUGUAUGUAACACUUGUAGCUCUUCAAGAUGGAAGUAGAGACAUCAAGCGAGCACGCUUCAGCAAGAGAAGGUUCACGGUGAGCCAAGCGGAGACUUGGUGGUCAGAAAAGCGAGAAGACGUUUACAAGAAAUACAACAUUCGUGGAACAUACAAUGUUGCAA